UCUCUGUGAAUUUGUAGUUAGUUUCGUCUCCAAGUUGUUUCUGAACUUUAUUCUCGAUUCUGCUCUGUUUUGGAGCAUCAGAUUUCUCGAGUCCUUUGUUGUCGCAGUUAUGGAUGUUCCUUUAAUUUGAAUUUGAACCUUGUAAGGUUCGCCAGAAAUGGCUAUUGUGACAGGAGAUCGAUACCUGGAGUACCUGGUGAAGUUUGUGGAGAAACAAGCUGGUCCGUUACUUGAAGGAACCUUAGUUUUGAAGCUAAAUCCAGUUGGACUUCACUAUGUUCAAUCGAGGCUUGAAGCAUUAGAAGAGCUUGAAGGUCUUCUGGUUGGUGCUCCUGUGGAUUACCUCCGUGCUUACAUUUCUGAUCUCGGGGAUCACCGGGCGCUUGAGCAACUGAGGAGAAUUCUACGGCUUCUGACGUCUCUGAAGGUUGUGUCGGUACUCCCGCCACCUACUAGAGAUCCGACACCGCUUUCGCUGUUGCCGUUCGGACGGCUUAAGGUUUUGGAGCUCCGCGGAUGUGAUCUUUCGACUUCGGCUGCAAGGGGACUUCUGGAAUUGAGACAUACUUUGGAGAAGAUCAUCUGUCACAAUUCUACUGAUGCUCUUCGGCAUGUAUUUGCCAGUAGAAUUGCGGAUAUAAAAGAGUCCCCAGUAUGGAAUCGGCUAACAUUCGUUUCAUGUGCUUGCAACGACUUACUUCUCAUGGACGAGUCUCUGCAGCUGCUCCCUGUGGUUGAAACUCUUGAUCUAAGUCGAAAUAGAUUUGCAAAAGUUGAUAAUCUACGGAAGUGUUCCAAAUUGAGAUACCUGGAUCUUGGUUUCAAUCAACUUCGGACAAUUGCAUCAUUUGCUGAGAUUUCAUGUUCAAUUGUUAAACUUGUUUUAAGGAACAAUGCUCUGACCACAUUGCGUGGGAUUGAGAAUUUGAAAUCCAUUGAAGGGCUUGAUCUCUCGUACAAUAUUAUUUCCAAUUUUUCAGAGAUAGAGAUCCUAGCAAGUCUUCCAUCUCUUCAAAAUCUAUGGUUGGAGGGAAAUCCGAUAUGCUGUGCCACAUGGUAUCGACCACAGGUUUUCAGCUUUGUUCCUCAUCCAGAGAAAUUGAAAUUAGAUGACAAGGAAAUCACAACAAAAGAAUUCUGGAAGAGGCAAAUUGUUAUUGCAAGCAGACAGACACGACCUCCUGCUUUUGGUUUUUAUUCUCCAGCAAAAUAUGAUGCUAAUGAGGAAGGGAGUUUCAACAUGAAAAAGAAAAAGCUGUCUCGUCUUGCUUGUAUUGAGGAUGAGGGACAGGGGAGACAUGUUUCUCUGGAAUCUACAGACCAAGAGUCAAUCUCAUGUGACAGUGAGAUCCGAAGCAGAGAAGAGAAUGCCAUGUCUGACACUGAAACUGAAAUAGUUGGUUUAAUAAAUAGGAUUGAAUUCAUGAAGAAAGAAAAUUCUUCUCUUUGGCUACAAGAGUUUAAGCAGUGGAUGGAUCAUAGCACCGAAAAUAUGGUGGACAGCAGCAAAUUUACAGGGGAGAUCUCAAGUAUUGAUAAAGAAAAUUAUAUGAAAAACAAGAAAAGCCACAAGAAUCUUGGCUGUGUCUCAAACUCAGUACAGGUAUCAGCAGUGGAUCAUACCACAAACAUGUUGGAAUCUGACAACUCGUUCACUGAUACUUCUAUUGAUUUAAAUAGCUAUCAAUAUUUUGAUUCAGUUGGUGAAGUAGCUUCAGAGUCCUCUGAGGAUUUUUACCACAAAGAAGGUCAGCAUGUCUUAAGAACUGGGAGAAUGGAUUCAAAACAGGGUCAGCUGAGGGGUUAUAAUCAUCAAGAGGUGAAUUCCCUGCCUGUGAAGGAAAAGGAUCCCCUUCUUCCUGACAGAUUAAUCAUCCAGGGAGGUAGCAUGGAUAGGAAGGUUGACUGUACUCCAUUGACAGCCAUUGGUGAGAUUAUUGAGUCCUAUUCUUCAUCUGGUUGCCCCAGUUCACCUCCACAUUAUCAAGAAGAUAUCCUGCAACGCAGGCACACCUUAGUGGAAGAACUUAUGCAGCUAUCUGCUGAUUCCUAUUCUGUGGCAUCAUCAGAUAGUGAUACCAGCUGUAGUGGAGAUAAUAUUUGUGAUGAUGAUCAGAUAUUGAAUGAAGAUUCCUUGAAUAGGAGUAUGGAAGACCACCUGCAUGUACAUUCCCCCAACAACAAUUAUUAUGACAGAAGAAAUGAAAAUCUACACAUCAAACAAAAUGGCAGAUAUUCGUUGGGAUGUCAUGCUGAUCAAGCUUCUACCAUUGGGAAACUUCUAAAACAAGACUGCUCCAACAAUGCUUUGGCAGAUGCAGAUUGUGAUGAGACUGAUCAUGUCAUGGAACAAGAGGAAGACUGUUUGGAGAAGAGAAAAUUUAAACGGAAGCCAAAAAGGAGAAUCGUGCCGUUAUUGGAAGAGAAUUAUACAGUGGGAAACUCAGACAUACGAUAUCAGAAGUUAAAUGGUACUCCAGAAGUAGGUAAAAUUGGCAUGGAGAAUGGACCAAGGAUACAAACUUUUGGUAGGAGUGACUUCCAAAAGGCCCAUGAAGACAAGGACAGGACAUUGAUAAAUUCCGUAGAAAUCUCACUGGUUGAUGGUUCUGGUAAAUCAAUUUCCUGGAUGGAAUGCUCUUCUCAUCUUUCUCAGAGUGACGAAACCAUAAAGAGCUAUUUCCAUUUGAAUGUUGCUGAUUCAAGAGCUUCUGAGAUCUGUUUGCAAUGUAUGCGUUGUGACAGUAUACUUGCACUGGAAUCAGGGUACCAGGAGAGAGAGCUUGUUUUAUUACUGAGCAGUGAAAACAAGUUAUAUGUGCUACUUAUGGACUUCACAUCUAAUGGGUCAGAAACUGUCUCAAAAGUUGUGGGGUGUCAUAGGCUUGAAGAUGUUAAAGAAGUUGAGGUCGGUAUUGGGCUACAUGUUUUGAGUGUGCAUUUUGAGAUGGAUUUACCAUACAUAUUCAUAACAAGGAGCAUUGAUAAAUCAAGAGAAUUGUUAUGUCUCUUGCAAGUUUGUGAUAUGUCUGCAACAAGUAAUAAAUGUUUACUAAAGAGUCUGGAGCAGAUUCAAGUCGAAUUGUUUGAGAAACAUGUCUGUACUGGUCAAACGAUGAGCAUGUUCUUGUACUCAAUGUUGCUUUUUUGGCACAGCAAUAGUAAAGAGGAAUCGUGGCUUUCAAGAUCCCUGUUUAUAGUUGAAGGCUAUGUGCUUGUGUGCAUUGAAGACCUUAUGCAGUUCAGCUCUCUUUCCAUGGAUGAUGUGUCAUGCUCCUCAUAUCUAACGCUUGAUUUGUGCUGCUCCAUCGGUGACAUAUCUGAGAUGGUCAUUGAACCCCGGGAAAGUCGGUGCAUCACAUUAACUCUUGAUUCUGUUUCACCCGGAAGUUCCUGUUCGGCUGAUCUUGAUAAGGAAAAGCAGUCUGCCAUUAUUAAGAGGGAUAAGAUGGCGAUAGGUUCAUUCACCUGGAAACUCAAAUGGUUCUCUGAAGAGACCCUUCUCAAAUUUGUCGCAUUGCUGAAGGCCAUGCAUGCAGCAACAACCUUGUCUCCUUUCCCUGUAAGAUAUGCAUCUUGAGGUUCUUCUGUUUUUAUUUUCCUUUUAGGUUUACAUUCAUUUCAUUCAUUUCCUCUGGGUUUUUUUUUGUAAUGAGUCAGGUAUCCCACACGCACCUCCCCCCACCCCCCCACCCCUUCUGCUUCCUUUCAAUAUUCUUUUAUUUGUGUUCUUUAAGCAGUCAUCGUGCCAAGUAACAAUUGUACAGUUUAGAACAGAAAGAAAAAAAAAUUCUAGUGAAUGAAAAGUUUGCCUUUUGCCUUUCCUC